CACCAAACCACCACAAAACUCCCGUACCAGGAGCCACCUAUAAAUGUGCUCAAUUAUACUCCAUAGAAUAUAAUCGGAUUCACAACCGAAUAAGAGUAUAUCUGAACUCUCUUGCUUGCAAGCUGGCCGGUACAAAAGAUGAAAAAUAAAAUGAGAAUAAGACAUGUGGUUCGGCUAGUUGUUCUGGCAGCCUUAGUAGUCUUAUUUGAAUCAAGUGCGGCGGCGCCGGCGGCAAAUGACGGUGCUGGUCUCAUCGGAACCACUUGCAAAAACACGCCAAACUAUAAACUCUGCUUCAAUACCCUGUCCUCCGACCCUAAAGCGUCCAAAGGGGACCUCACUACCCUGGCGCUAAUCAUGGUGGAUGCCGUCAAAUCCAAGGCCAAUCAAACAGCCGCCGUGAUCUCCGGCCUCCAACCCGGGCGCAGUAAGCCGGCGGCGGCGGCGUUGAAAGAGUGCGAUUUUCAGUACAAGGUCAUUCUCACCACCAGUGUUCCGGAAGCAGUCGAAGCUUUAACCAAAGGGGAUCCGAAGUUUGCCGAGGACGGCGUGGUAGGCUCGGCUAGCUGCGCCGCCGCGUGCGAGUCGGCUUUCACAAGUGCCGGAAAAUCGCCGCUAACCGAUCUUAACAAGGCUGUGCAGGACCUAUCCGACGUCGCUAGAGCAAUCAUUAGAAAUUUGUUGUGAUUUUAUUGCUCCCCGUCCUCAUUUGAUACUCAUCAUGCCCAUAAAACUUGGUCAAUAUUGACUUAUACGUAGAUUAAUAAAGUAAAAAAUAUGUGAUUUAUAUUUGUCUAAAGGAGGGAGAAAUAAAUUUAACCACAUAUUUGUUAUUUUAAAUGUAAAUGAUAAAGUUUUUUUGGACGUCCAAAAAAAAAUUUGACCAAGUUUUAUGGGAGCGGAGGUAGUAUUUUUAAUUUGAUAUUGUGAUUCCGAUUUACUAGGUUUGAUCCAAGAUAAAAGAAAUGGAUUCAUGUCCACGCUCAAACCAUUUUUAAUAAAUACUCUUUCCGUCCUGCUAACAAUGAGACAAGAAGGAGUGACACGCAAAUUAAUAAAAAAUGAUUUAUGUGAUUGAUAUUGAAUUGAUAAAGUAAAAAUAAAGUAAGAAUGAUUUACGUAUUGAAAAAAUACAUUAAAUGUUUUACAAAAUAACAAAAUAAAAAAUCAAAUUUGACAAUAGUUUGAUAUACUAUCAUAAAGUAAGAGAUUAAAAGUGAUUUAUGUUGACCAAGUGAAAAAUAAAAAACAUGAUCAUCAAACUUGGACAAAAGUAGCUUAAUAAAACUAGUGUGUGUAUACGUGAAUACACAAUAAAAUAAAAUAUGUUAGCAAUUUUUUUCUUCAAGUUGUAAGACAUGAGUUGUAUGUGAAUUCGUCAAAGUGUUUAAAAAACAAUUAGACAAUGGAUAGAGCUGCCAAAAUUAGUCAAAGUCCACAAGGUUUGUCUAUUUCAUCUCAUUCUGUAAAAUAUGGACCCACAACAUUUUUUUUUGUAAUUUAAAGCUUAUAAUAAGAUCUUAUAUACUUCUAGCUAUAUUAAAAUAA